AUGGCCGCCAACCGUGUUUUGUUUUGAGCGAGGUUUCAUCGAGUGCGCGUUUGAAAAGACCAACCGAUGGCAGAAUCUAACAAUUGCACGGGUCGCCCCUUACGUUGCUGCAGUCCCUCCAUAGAGAAACAGCGCUUCAACGAUGAUGACCACCCGACGGCUUCGUCCGAGGAACAGAAAAAAGUGGAGAACGCUGUUGACUCGUGCUUCCGAUACAUGAGAUCGGCUUCGAAACUGGAAGACGGGUGCCCAGUUCUUCAUCACGAACGCCACAUUGCAUUCCUCAUGAAGGGUCUGAGUCAUCUUCCCCUGCCUUAUCAGGACCUUGAUGCAAGCCGUCCCUGGUUGUGCUACUGGAUCCUGCACAGCUUAGAGUUGCUGGACACCUCUAUCUAUGCUGAAAUGAAGUCCAGCAUUGCAGACUUCUUAGGAAGGUGUCAGCAUCCGGAGGGCGGCUUUUGUGGGGGUCCAGGCCAACAGGCGCACCUCGCACCGACGUAUGCCGCUGUGAACGCUCUUUGCAUCCUUGGGACGGAAGAGGCCUACAGUGUUAUUGACAGGAAAAAGCUGUACAGCUUUCUGAAGAGGGUCAAGCAACCAGAUGGCUCCUUCAUAAUGCAUGAGGGAGGCGAAUCGGAUGUCAGGGGCACCUACUGCGCCCUGGCAGUGGCAAAACUGACCAACAUCUGGACUGCGUCGCUCUUCGAAGGAACCGCAGAAUGGGUCGCCAAGUGCCAGACGUACGAGGGUGGGUUUGGGGGAGUGCCCGGGAUGGAGGCGCAUGGAGGCUACACCUUCUGCGGCUAUGCCGCCCUCGUCCUGCUGGAGAGGGAGACCAGCUGCGACCUCAAGAAGCUCUUGCGUUGGCUGACGAACCGGCAGAUGCGGUUCGAGGGCGGCUUCCAGGGCCGCACCAACAAGCUGGUGGACGGCUGCUACUCCUUCUGGCAGGGCGGGGUGUUUCCCCUGCUGCACAAGGUUCUGUUUGCGAUGGGCAACGAGGCCCUGUCGAUGGAGAGCUGGCUCUUCGACCAGGACGCCCUCCAGGAGUACAUCCUCGUCUGCUGCCAGGACAAGCACGGCGGGCUUGUGGACAAGCCUGGGAAGCACAGGGACUACUACCACACCUGUUACCUCCUCAGCGGGCUGAGCGUCGCGCAGCACUUUGGCGGGGGAAUCCUAGGCACCACCCGGGUUGUUGGCGACCCUAGGAACGAGCUGGUCACUGUGCAUCCAGUGUACAACAUCGGCAUGGAGAAUGCCAUGGCGGCCCUCAAACACUUCAGUGCCCUCCCCGUGCCCGAAGACACUUGUGAUUCCUGAGUUUGCUGGACUUGUCCUUCCUCGCCUGUGCUGACUUUUUUUAUUUGUGUGCAUGCGCAUCCCUUUUCUGGAGGGAAGGCUUUGUUUGCAGGCAUUUCUUGACACUCUAGCUACUAAGACGGAAGAAAGUUGCCACCACUGCACAAACAUGCUUUUUUUCUUUUAGGGAUUGUUUGCACCGGUGCUGGCAAAUAGAAGUCCUAGUCCUGGUGACGGAACAUUGGGUGCGACAGCGACUGUGAAUCGAGGCGUUUGUUUUGCUAAACCUGCACCACGUUUUGUAAUGUUUGGAGAAAGUGACUUGCGUCGACAUGCGUCGGAUGGUAAAUGGUGGCCAAGGUAUAUAAACGUUUUGCGUCAUAACGUUGGAAAAAAAAAAGGUCACUUUCGUCGAAGUGUUUCUAAACUUGACAAGCUUUCGAAGGAAUUUGUAAGGGCCCUUGUUGUGCAGUGUUGAAAGCUCUUCGUUAUCGGUGUUGCGCUUGAGUUCUGCACAACCCACAUUAGAUGUGGCUUGCAAGGCUUCUGGUUUUUGGAUGGGGCUUGCCAGUAUAUUUGAAACUGAACUUGUGAGAAGUCUGUAAUUGUCUUUUUUCUGGCUGCUGAAUGAACAAACUUUUUUUUUCCACCUCUUUUCUGUGGUCUGCUACGUUGGUUAUUGAACUGGCUUAAUGUUAGCAAUCGCAAUGCAUUUGCGUCUCUUUCUGCUUUUCUCAGGCUGAGCUACACGGAAGAUUCAAGCUGUCGCAUAGCCUCAGUUUGAGCUUCUUUGUGAUGAGUACUAACUUAAAUGGACCUGAGACCAGUGGCGUCGCUAGAAGGGGGGGGCGCGGCAGACCAUUUGAGUGCAGCGCUCGGGGUGGUACAGCUGUGCUGACCCUAGCUACGCCACUGCCUGAUGCCUGGGACUUCUGUGUUCAUUCAUUUGUUUAGAGCACAACCUCUCAAUAGUAAAGCCCGAUAGACUGAGAAUAUAGAUACAAGCAACCGGCCGUUUCUUUUUUUGUUUAUGCCAAAAGUUUUUGGGUGUGUUCAAUAGAAUAUUGCUUACCCCGUAAAGUUAAUGUAUAACAGCUACUAAAAUUUGGGCACUACAACUCGUUGCUUGAUUUCUCGAACUUGGUUUGUACUCACCACAUUGCCACCAUUUCGGUAUUGCCUUGUAAACCUCAAGGUACUAUACUGAGUGGUGUUUUCUUGGAAUCUUUAUAUUUCAACUGCUUGAUCCCUUUUCUUUUUUUUUUCUUGGGGGGGGAGGGGGGGGGUCGGGAGCAGCUUGUAUUUUUGGACGUUCUCGCGAUCCUUGUGGCAAGGUUAAAAAAAAUGAUUGGGGGCUGCAAUGAAGCACAGCUGAAUUAGAGGUACUAUAAUGUAGUGAAGAUACUGUUAUAGUGAAAAUUUUUCGCAAAAAAAACUGACUCCUCUUUUUUUGGUCAUUCGUCAUGGCAGUUCUCCAUUUAUUGUUUUGUCAAUAUGGUCCCUUUCUGUAUUUUUAGAGCGCAGCUCUUAUGCGUCCGUUUCCAGCUUGAGCGGUGUCGCUGUCGCCGUCAGCGUAACCGCGCGAUGCAUUAUGGGUGAAUUUCCCCGCUAAAUCUAGCGGAAAGGUUUUCCCGCUAAAUGUAGCGAAAAAAUUUCCCCGCUAAAUGUAGCGGAAAAAUUUCUCUGGGGGUCACGUCACUGGGGGGGUCACGUGACCUCCCCCCCCCCAAAUCACGUGACCACCCUCCCCAAGGUCACGUGGGAGGGUCAUGUGACCUCGGGGGGGGGGGGGGAGGAGGUCACGUGACCCCCACCCCUCCCCCUUGAGAACACGUGCACCUUAGUACCCUUCCCUCCUCCUCCUCAAGAGCUGCGCUCUAAUUUGGCGUUACAGGGAGUUGUAAACGGUUUCACUUUUUUUUUUGUCUUAGUUCAUGCAGUAAAAAUGCUUUCCCUUUUUACUGUAUGAUCAAGCCAACCUAUACCAUUUUUUCUGCGUGAACAAUCCAGCCCAUACCAAAUAAUGCAGCUCUUUUCAAUGCCAUAUAUGCAGUGUUGGGUAAAGUACAUCUAAAAAGUACUCGAAAUAAAGUGCAAAGUAAGUUAAAGGUUAUGUACCUCAAGUAAAGUAGUAAGUACACUGAGUGCAGUGUACUUGCAGUGAAGUACUAUAAAUACGAGGUAUUUAACUGAAGUACAAGAACUUUUUAACAAUCUUUCAUGAUGCCCUUUUAUUCCCCUAUAACUGGGGUCUCAAACACGUGGCCCACAGGCCGCAUGUUUGAGACCCCAGGUUUAGAACAUGGCCCACGCGGUUUCCGCAGCUGUGAGUUCCCUUUACAUGCCUUGAGCGCAACAUGUGUGAAAAACAAUAGUUUAAUAUCGUCGAUUCAUUUCCACUUCAAAAGGAGCUCUGCUCGUAUAACUUGGUUAUGUUUCGCAUUAUUCUGUUUUCUUGUGGGUAUUGCUUUGUCUAAAUAUUUGAUUAUUAGUCCUUUCUCGUGUAAAUCAACUGGCACGGCAAUACCACUACUAGGCUGCAAGCGUGAGCUCUUUGAUCAAAGAGGCACCUCAGCUGCACAAACUCUCGCUCGACAGGAGGAACUGGUAAAGUCAAAGCUAUAUUAGUUUAGGUUUCUAGCUGUCCAAAAAUGCUUUUAAAAUGCAAGUAUUUUCUUAUAAUGUGGCUAUAAAAAGACGUCAGGAAAGCAAAAACUGCCGUAUGCAGAGUUUUUUUUUUUUAUUUCUAUGCCUGUUGAGUUUAGUGAAUUGUGCGACAGGGCAAGGAUUGUGUGCUAAAUAUAGUAAAAUGGUGAGCUUACAAAAUACAGAGAGCACAAGGUACUGUCCAGGAAAUCUCUGUGGUGUCUCUUGGACAGUCGGCUGCUUUGCAACAUAAAACACCACUAAUGUUUUUUUGUUUUGUUUUUUCAAAAUAGCAAAAUAUUGUCUCCCCUCCCUUACAUUGUCCCUCAACCUUUUGGGGUAGGCUAUCUGCUGGCCUCUGCACUCAAAUAAGUUUAAAACCCCUGUCCUAUCUUUUUUUUUUUGCAGCGGAGCUGUUAAGGGCUAGGUUCCCCAGGAUCGUGUCCGGUACCAAACAAAUGUCUACACAAUACUCUGGACAGCUACCGCCAUCUAUGAGCGACGGCGGCAACCAGGCAACCGGCUUACCGGCCUCGCUCAUAGAUGGCGGCAACCUCUCCAGCCUUUUCACUCUGGUUUUUACCUGGGUGAAAAGGCUGAAUUUCUCUAGGCGUCGUCCUCGAGGUCGUCCUAGAGGUCUUCCUUGAGGUCUUCAUAAACGUCGUCCUUGAGGUCGUUCUCAAUGUCGUCCCUGUGGUUGUCCUAGGCGUCGUCCUCGAGGUCGUCCUUUAGGUCGUCCUAGACGUCGCUCUUGAGGUCAUCCUAGAAGUUGUCCUUGAGGUCAUCCUAGACGUCGUCCUCUAAGCGUCGUCCUCGAGGUCGUCCUUUAGGUCGUCCUAGACGUCGCUCUUGAGGUCAUCCUAGAAGUUGUCCUUGAGGUCAUCCUAGACGUCGUCCUCUAAGCGUCGUCCUUGAGGUCGUCCCACCAUAGUACUGCUUUGCUGGUCUUCCUUCUUCACAGAGUGGAAAGGCUGAAAGAUUUUUGUAUGCAUUGUUUUAGGGGUAACUGAGGUGCAUCAGUUAUUUUUGGAAAUGGUGGCGAAUAUUGGAUAAAGUGAAGUGGCCAGAGUAUAGUUGUUUCACUCUCACUGGCAAAGUCAACUAGUAAGGCACUUAUUUGUAUCAGUCUUAUAGCCGCCAUUACUUCACCCUGAGAGAGUCGCGCUUCUAGUGAGAGUAGAAUAUGCCUCCCAGUAUUUCUUCAGAAUUGACGAAGUAUCGUUUAGUGAUACAAAUUUAACCAGACCAAAUUCGGGGAAUGUACUCUGAAGUCGCGAGUUGUACUUUCCUCGGAAAUUACCAGGAAAAAUAAGUACAAGUACACACUCAGAUAAUGUAAAGUUCAAGUUUUCUAGACCUACCUGAAGUUAGUACUUUGUGUACAUUAUACUUAAAGUUCUUCCCAACACUGAAUAUAUGGCAAUAGGCACCAAAACCUAGAGGCCAGGUUUGCUCCAUAUAGUAUUUGUUUCACAUAACAUUCGGAUGGAGAAAUAAUUUUUUUUUUAUAUAUCAAAGGUGCUAUUGCCAAAAAAAAUGUUGGUCUCGCCUGAUCUAACUCUUGUGUGCUUCCUAAAUAUAUCUUCUUUCUAAUUCUGGAAUUUUGAAAGUUUUGUCAGUCUCGAACGACCAAUGUCAUCAUCGAGUUUUCCUAAAAUUUUGCUACAAAAACAGCAAAAAAAAAAAAAAAAAGAAGAAUUUUGAUCUAUUGAUCAGACCGUCAUAUGCAGAAUUGCGUUUUAUGAGUAAUGCAGUUGACACUGACUCCAGUCUUAGCCUUCCAGCCAGGCACGCGACGCCCUGUUACAGUGGCCCUGUGUAGCGUCGCCACGUGAGUGAGUAAAAAGACGUUUAUUGACACUGGAGAAUGAAGGAGUCAACUUAUUGGCAAGUUUAGAGAUAGUUCUCCUUGUGUAUCGUUUCUUUCUCGUUUAGUUGUUUUCUUUUUUUUUUAAUUGUGUUUUAAGGCACAAUUGAUUUAAGGGCUUGGCAGCCGGCCAACUCUCUUCGACUGUGGUAUGCCUCACUUUUCCAGGCCAAAUCGGAGUUAGCUUCAUUGAUUAAAGCCAGGUCACGACUAUUCGGGAAAAUCAGUUCUUGUUUUGGCCAACGUGCCUUUUGUUAACGAGAGACCUGAUAUUGUUCUUUUAGAUUGGGCAGAUUUGCUCGAAUUUUGUGUGAGUGCGAAGGUGGUGUGCUAGUGACUUAAAGAAAGAAAACAAGUUUGUCCAUAUUGGGUUUAUUUUUUCUUCCCCUUAUCAGACUUGAUGAAGCUCCAUGAACAUCCAAGUUUUCGGAUCAAAGUGCCGUUUUCGUCGCCUUUUAUUUUCUUUAUAAUUCAUGUUUGCAAUAAAAACUAAAAUUAA